UAAGAUUUUAAGUUACGCUUAGAAAUUAAUAAUCACUGGUAUAAAAAUACUAAAAAUGCUGAUUUAUUGGUUAAUCACCAGAAUAACUCUGAUAGUCACUCCUACUAGGAGUGAAAAAAAAGUGACGAAAAAAAAAAAACGAGAACGUGAACUUUCUUCGCCACACUCCCUGUUCUGACUAAAGUAUGAACAUUUUCUUGCUAAAAUGGUCGCAGCUUGUGCAUUGACAAUGUCAAACUCCAGCGAACAAAGUGCUAGUGGAAUCGAUUUUACUGAAAAUGAGGAAGUGAAAGUGGUAAUCUGUCAAGAUAGUAGUGCCGCAGUAACUACUACACGAAGGUCUCAGAGAAACAUUGGAAAAAAACCUAGGAGAUAUAAUAUUUACUCAGAAACAGAUACUAGUAAUGAUAGCUUUAGUAGUAAUAGUAGUACUGAAUCUCCUACGAAAAAGAAAUCCUUAUCUGCAAAAAGUCAAGUUAAAGUCAUUAGUCCUAAACGAGGUCCUGGUCGACCACGGAAAAACCAUGAUUCAGAGCUUCAACGCAACAUAAGUUCACCUAUAACAACUCGUCCAAAUGUACAAUUGAAUCAACCUACUGGUAAACCACCUUUAAUGCCUGUAAAGUCCCUUCGUUUGAAGUUUUCUUUUGAUUCAGCAAAAACUUCAUCAAAUAGUGAAGAAUCUACAUUACAGAUAACGUCAAAGAUGCCAGAUAAACCAAAGACUCCCUUGGAUAUAAUUCGUGAAGAGCAUGUAAAGGAACGCGUAGAUAGUCUCGUACAAGUUGUUGAAGAACAUGACAGCUUGGUUCGAGAGUUGUAUUAUAUGGAAUCUUUUAAUAUGUUGAUGUGGGAUCUCGACCCACAAAGAAUAAAUUCUGAUAAUAGUGAGCGUAUGGUUAAGUACUUAGAAAAUCACAACUUAUGGUCCUCUUUAAACGACCAAGUCACCAACAGCAUCCAAUCAAAUUCUACUAGGAUGUCCACUCGUCGGUCACUUAACAAACAUCGUGACUCUAUUCUCAGUAUGUUACAACAAUCUAUCGGUUCUCGUGUGUUCCAUAAUGUCAUGCCAUCCGAACACACUUCCGGAGAUUCUGAUAGUGGAAGUCGCACUCAACGUAGGUCCUCAAGAGUAGAUUCUACUAAUAACCGUGAUAAUGCAUCAUCAGGUAGUAUGACAUUGUAUUCGCUUCGUAAGAGAGGUCAUGCUCAAUUUCCAAGUUUUGAGGCAUAUUUGGAAUCGUUCGUCACUUUGGAUGAUGAAGAUAUUACUCCCGCUGAGGAAGAAGCUAAGCUCCAAAGUGAAAUAGACGUUGAUUAUCGCAUUUGGGUCUUAAAAAAUCAAGGAAAAUUACAACCAAUUCCUAAACCAGCUACUGAACCACCACGCCAAAAAACUCAUUGGGAUUAUAUUCUUGAUGGAGUAAUUGCAAAAUCGAAAAGGAUAAAUAAAAGUAGUGAUGAAAGGCUAAAGAAAACGCAUCAAAUCAGUAGAGCAAUUUUAGGACAUUUUAAUAAAUUGGCAAUGAAAGAGCCAAACGCAAUAAAAGCCGAAGAAAAACGGAUCAAGAAGUUGGCUAAGACUACAGGCAAUCUAAUUAAGCAAAGAUGGAGAGAAAUAUCAAAGUUUAUUAAUGAUAUGCAUGACAAGUUAGUGGCCGAAGAAGAAGAAAGAAGAGGCAAACAAAAGCUUAAUGCGCUUUUUGAAGAUGCCACUCAGAAGAUUGAAUUUCACGAAAAAUAUUUAAUGGGUACUGCUUCUACGGACAAUACUAUUGUUAAUAAAACUAAUGAAGAUGACAAUAAUAAUCAGGAAUCCGGAGCGGAUGUUAAUUCGUUCGAUAACGAUCAAAUGUCCAUAGAUGAGGACUUGGAAAUUGAUUAUCCUCUCGAUUUUGAUCAUGACGAUGAUUUAUCUACAGAUCCGGAUAUGUCCGAAAUGGCACUGGAUCAAAAUGUUGAAGAUGAUGAAGCUUCAUUGGAAGCUCAAGAACUUGAGGAAGAUUCUGAAGAGGAAGCAGUUGAAUUAAAUGAUUUAGCUGAUGAAAUGAAUCUUCCCAUAGAUGAAUUAUUGAAACGUUAUGGUGUUAAUGUUAAUAAACAUUCUGAAGAAAAGAAUGAAGAAGAUACAGAUCGUUCUGAAGAGAUAAAACCAGUAUUGAAUGGAACCACUAAUCGGGAUUUAAAAAAAAAUCAUCUAGACUUAUCAUUAUAUGAUAGUGAUGAUGAUAGCUUUUCGGAAUUAGAAACGUCAACACAAAGUUCUAAUACAACCAAAACGAGGACUCCAAUACCAUCAUUACUGAGGGGUCAACUUCGUGCAUAUCAGCAUGAUGGACUUCAUUGGCUUGCUAGCUUGUAUGAGCAAGGAAGUAAUGGUAUUCUUGCCGAUGAAAUGGGUCUCGGUAAAACUAUUCAAACUAUCGCAUUAUUAGCCCAUUUGGCUUGUGAUAAAGGCGUUUGGGGACCUCAUUUAAUUAUUGUACCUACAAGUGUCAUUAUUAAUUGGGAAAUGGAGUUUAAAAAAUGGUGUCCCGGAUUUAUUAUUUUAACCUAUUAUGGCAGUCCAAAAGAGCGUAAAGAAAAACGGUUAGGAUGGUCUAAAGAACAUUCAUUCCACGUUUGUAUUACGUCUUAUCAUCUCGCAGUACAAGAUGCGAUUAAUUUCAGGAAAAAGAGAUGGCACUAUUUGAUUCUUGACGAAGCUCAUAAUAUCAAGAAUUUUAAAUCCCAACGUUGGAAUACUUUAUUGAACUUUAAUUCUGAGAGGAGAUUGCUACUAACUGGAACACCAUUACAAAACAAUCUUAUGGAAUUAUGGUCAUUACUGUACUUUUUAAAACCCAAUGCACGUAAUGAUGACAUGCCAUUCGAGUAUGCUAACCAGAAAGAGUUUCAAGACUGGUUUUCGCGACCUGUUGAUAAAAUGAUUGAAAAUAAUGAAGGAUUUGAUGAAAAGACUCGUACAGCUAUUCUUACCUUACAUACAUUACUGCGACCCUAUCUUCUACGUCGGUUAAAAAUUGAUGUAGAAAAACAAUUACCAGCCAAGCAUACUCAUAUUAUCAAAUGUCGUUUAUCGAAAAGACAAAGAUUUUUAUAUGAUGAUUUUAUGUCUAGAUCUAAAACUAAAGAGACUCUUCGAUCAGGAAAUUUUUUAAGUAUCAUAAAUUGUCUUAUGCAGCUACGUAAGGUCUGUAAUCACCCAGAUUUAUUUGAAGUCCGACCUAUUGUAACUUCAUUUGCAAUGAGUCGAUCCGCUAUUAGAGAUUAUGAAUAUUGUGAGAUGACUCUACGUAAUCGACUUAAUCGAGGGAACGAUUAUUUGAAGAUGGUAAAUUUUGACUUAUUUAAUCUUUUACCAAUUUAUUAUGAGAAUAUGGAUUGGCUGGCUUCUUCUGAAUGUAAUAAAUUAGAUUCAGACAAUUUGUUCAUAGAAAAACUUAAUUUGCAUAAUUCAAGAAUUAACAACAUUGUCGAAGAGAUAUCCUAUUAUAGUCUUAGCAAGUUUGGUAAUGUAAUGCAAAACCGUGCUCAUAUAGAAAGUUUAGAACGUUGGAAACAUAUGAGAUAUAUCAAUUCUUUUCGCCUUAAACGUCGUCCUAUAUAUGGAACAGGUUUAAUUAACAUAUGUAGGCAAUUGGGUAAAUCACCAUUUGAUCAAGCUUUAAUGGAUUCUAAGAAUCCCAGAAAGUAUUUAGAACAUACUAACACAUUACCUGAUAUGGUUGUAUCUUAUGAACGAAGAUAUGAUAUGAUGGAAGAAAUCAUAAAGAAAUAUGUUUUUGUGACUCCAGCGGUGGUUGCUGCAGAGGUUCGUUCAUACGCAUUAUCCGGGUUACCUGAAGAGUUUCAACAUAUUAUUCAUAAUCACGUACAGGACUUAUAUUAUCCGAUACGAGUUAAGCUUAUGGUUGCUUUUCCUGACAAGAGACUUUUACAAUAUGAUUGUGGUAAAUUGCAAGAACUGGAUAGAUUACUUCGCAACCUUAAAGAAAAGGGUCACCGUGCCUUAAUUUUCACACAAAUGACUCGUGUACUUGAUAUACUGGAAAUCUUUUUGAACAUUCAUGGACAUCGUUAUCUUCGUUUAGAUGGUGCUACUAAAAUAGAGCAACGACAAUUAUUAACAGAACGAUUCAAUAAUGAUCCAAGGAUUUUGGUGUUCAUAUUAUCAACGAGAUCUGGUGGAUUGGGUAUUAAUCUUACAGGUGCAGAUACUGUUAUAUUUUAUGAUAUAGAUUGGAAUCCUUGUAUGGAUCGACAGUGUCAAGAUAGAUGCCACCGUAUUGGACAAACACGUGAAGUAAACAUAUUUCGUUUUGUAUGUGAAGCAACAAUAGAAGAAAACAUGCUUGCAAAAGCACAACAAAAAGAAAUGCUUGAUAAAAUGGUUAUCACUGAUGGUGGGUUUACAACUGAUUUCUGGUCACAACCAAAAGUUGAUUGGCGUGAUAUAGUAAAAGUGAUCGCACCUGAUCACGACAAAGAAAUUAAUGAUGAACCGGAAUCAGGGGUUGAAUUAGAACAAUGUUUAGCAAAAGUUGAAGAUGAUACAGACGUAAAUGCUGCACAAAUAGCGAAGAAAGAAAUGGAAUCAGAUUUAAUAGAAUUUGAUGAAAACGCAGUAACACCGGCAGAAAGUUCAGGUGGAGCAGAGAAUUCUUCUGUUGCUUUAGUGAGAAGGGAAAGUACCGUUUCUACUGCACCUUCACCACUGAAUGAAAAUUAUGAUGAUGAUAAUCUUAGAUCUCACCUUUUACCCGUGGAACUAUAUAUGUUUCGUUUUAUGGAAUUUGAUUUGGAAAAAUAUGUUGGAUUUGGUAGAACAUUUGAAUAUAAUUCAACAGAAGAUAUAAACAAUGAAGAAUAAAAAUAAUUUUACUUUAUAAAAAAGUUAAAAGAAAAAAAAAUUUUUUUUUUGUUUUAUAAAUUAUUAUCUUUCAAUAUUAAUAAAAUAUUAGGUUGUAAAUUUGUUUUUUUUUUGGAUUCAUGUUAAUAUUUUAUUAGGUAAAUAAUUUUUAUCCCAAGUGUAAAAUAUAAUUUGUUUUUUUUUUUAAAUUUUUUU